AUGGCCAAUAAAACAAUAUGUCUUGUAGCCUCCAAAUUAGGACUAAGCGAAGAAGAUAAAGUUUUAAAUAAAGCAGCUGAAUUCCAAAGAUUGCUUCAAGUCAAAAGCACAGCUGGCAUAAACCUAACAGACACAAGUAAAGUUGUUAUAUGUUUAGAUUUAGCUGCUGGUCUUCUAGGAGCUGAUUUAGACACAAAAUCGGCGAUUAAAUAUUCGGGUCUAAAGCCAUCUGCAUAUGCAAACACCAAAAAAGUAGUUGAAAACCUUUUGGAGCUGAACUGUGACAGAUUAACUACCAAUAUGUUAUGUGUGACGCUGCAAUGUAAUGGUGUACAGGAUUUGGCUGAAAAGAUACUGCAGGAGUACCAAAGGCUUUCUAAAAUGGAAGUUGAUUUAAAUCUACCGCAAUAUGUAUGCAUGGCAGUACAUCAAGCUUGUAGGAUUAAUAAAGUAAAAAUUACAAAGAGUAAAUUAUUAGAAAAGUCGAGACUGAAGCCAGCACAGUUUUCUAAGUUGGAUGCAGAGUGGACAAAGUUCACUGACUUACACUUUGCUGUCAAGAAGAAGAAAGGGAGGCAAGCUACUAACAUUGUUGACAACGUGGAGGCAGAAGAGAGCAUGGAGGUUGACGUACCUAAGAUGAAUGAACACUCACAGGAAAAAAUAGAAUCUUAUGAAGACUGGAAAAAACGUAUGUUAGAAACAGCUUACAAAGAGUUAAAAGAAUUGGAAAAAGUUGAAAGAAAUAGUGUAACCCCUAGAAAAUCUCCUCGGAAAUCUGUUCAGAAGUUUUCUCCUUACAAAAGCCCUAGUAAAGCGAAUAUCAAGUCCAAUGGUGUUAGAUUGUUAUUUCCUAUAGAUUUAUGA